UGAACGUAAAAUAGGAUAGAUGUAUAUUCGUUUACACCUGCCACCGGGAUGCUCCUGCUUCGGAUAUUCCUGAUGUUACAAACCUUUCCCGAUUAGAGAUUAGAGGACUGCUUAAUCUGUGAUCUGUUCUUAUCAGUUUAAUUCGCGUUGAUAAAGUUAUUAAAUCAGAUAUUGUUGGCGCGAGUGCUUCGGAGUUGUGUGCUUUUUUAGAACUUUUUAGAUUUUUUUAAUUUAAAAAAAAUGGACUGGGCGGUGUUGAUUAGAAAGGUGUUUUUUGGGAUUGUGUUGUUAAGUGUUUGGAGCUUUAACAAAUAUACAGCUCUUCCAAAUGAACCAUAUCAAGAGUAUAUUCCUGCUGGUAAUGACAAUGUUUCCAAGUCCUGCCUAGUAAGAGGCAUUACGUUAUCACAAUACCAAUGGAACCAUUAUACAGGAUUUUUUUGUUACAAUUAUACGAAUAGUGCUAGAUUCACAACUAAAAAUGACUAUAACACAUCGUUUCCCUUUUACUGGCCGAAAUAUAAAGCCAACAUAACCUUACCAAUUUCUAAAAUCAAUAGCUCUCACAUUGCUCUCUUCGAUUACCGAGAUACAGACUCUUUGGCUCUUUUGCGAGAGUCCUUCAAGUCCGACGAAGUUUUUGUUAAUUACGUCAAGUGUUGCCAAGAAGCCGAAAAUUGCUGUCAAAAUGUCAUGACCAAUGAAAACAUACGAGCAGAUGACGAAUCUUGUCCAGUUAUUUGGGAUGCAUGGUCCUGUUUUCCAAGGACACCAGUGGAUACAACUACGUAUUUACCAUGUAGUAGCCAAGCUUACCAAUCUCCUGAGAAGGUUUGUACGUUGCAAAGCAGCAAGCAAUGCUACAGAGACCCUAUCACCAAUCAAUCCGAAUGGAACCAACAAACCGACUACUCCACCUGUGCCAUAGCUCCAGUUUUAUUAAGAAGGCACAACUUCCAUGUCAUAUUCCUCAUCGUCUGCAUUUCCUGUUCCUUCCCAGCUAUCAUCAUCUUUGUAGCAAUACCCAACUUCAGAGUAACAACGAGGGUUAUCUUGCACAGGAAUCUGCUGAUUGCCAUCGUGACAAGGAACAUUAUGAACAUUCUUUACAAGAAGUUGGUUAUAAUAGAUGCUUUACUUUCGUCCACGUAUUCCAAAGGAGUGAUGGAGUCCAAUUCGGUGGCUUGUAGAGUGCUAUCUUUUCUGGUCAGUUCGUCUACGAAUUCUACGUACGCCUGCAUGUUGGUAGAUGGGUACUAUUUGCACAAGGUUAUCGUUAGAGCGUUUGCUAAGGAGCCUCCGAUAGCUGUGCUGUACUUGGUGGUAGCAGUGCUGACUUUUUUACCAUCCAUCAUUUGGGCUUCCAUACUGAUCUCCCUCCAGGCGACCGAUUGUUGGGCAGUUGACAAAAAUGGCGCUCAAUGGUCCGUGGACAGCUUUCGUAUCGCCAUAUUGAGCAUAAACACGGUACUUUUGCUGGAUAUUAUCAGGGUAAUGAUAUCGAAAAUGAAACAAGGCAGUACAACAAGACAAACAAAAGCCGCCUUCAGAGCCACGCUAUUUCUUAUACCUCUCUUUGGACUUCAUAUCUUCAUCACAGCGAAAAAGAUCGUAAUAAACGACACGUGUGUGGCCGAAGACGUAUAUGAUUACUUCCGUUAUACGAUGGAGGCAAUGCAAGGGAUAUUCGUAGCCGUUUUAUUCUGUUAUGCAAACAGAGAGGUUCAAAACGAACUAAGGAACAUAUUCAGAAAGAUUACAAUCCAGAUUAAUCAAAGGUUUGGGUUAAAUAUAAGGAGGAAAACCGUAUCGAGAAGGAGAACCACUACAGCCACAUAUGUUCAGCCAGGAGCGUCUGGGGAGUUUUAGUUUUAAAUUGUAUAUUUAUUAUAAUUUUUUACAUGUUUUUGUAUAUGUCAUUGAGUUAAUUUUUAUUAGAAACGUCAUAUUUCGUAUAUGUUAGUUUUUUUUUAAAUAAAUGGUAAAACGGA